AUGGAAGCCAUGUUUCCAAAUGCUGUGAAUUCAUAUCCCGCAGAUGGGUCCAACUAUGAUAGAGCCAAGGAAGUGAAGGCAUUCAAUGAAACAAAAGCUGGUGUUAAAGGACUAGUCGACGCUGGCGUGACAAAGAUCCCCACGUUUUUUGUCCAUCCUCCAGAGCAUGUGCAAAAUCCAUCAUCAGAGAUGACUGGCAAUAGUGCCAGCUUUCAGAUCCCUGUUAUAGACUUUGAAGGCUUUGAAAGCUGUCGAAGAGAGGAGGUAGUCGAUGAGAUUCGGAAAGCGUCAGAAACAUGGGGUUUUUUUCAAAUGGUCAAUCAUGGAAUUCCAGUUAGUGUGUUGGAAGAGAUGUUAGACGGUGCCAAACGAUUCCAUGAGCAGCCGCAGGAAGUGAAGACGGAGUUCUACUCGCAAGACCGUCAGCAGCCAGUGAGGUUCUACUCCAAUGGAGAUCUCCUUGUGAACAGAGGACCAGCUUGCUGGAGAGAUACAGUAUCAUUCGAUUUCAAGGACGGUAAUCUGAAUCCAGAACUGUUUCCUGAAAUAUUCAGACUUGACGUUGGGCACAACCAUGCACACAGACCCAUGUUUUCUGACUAUAGUCCUGCAAGACACCACGGGUGGCCUCCAAGUUCGCCAUCAAAACCAAUGGGUAGAUAUCCCCCUCUGCAGGGAGCUCUUGUAGUCAACUUAGGGGACCUCAUGCAGCUUAUCAGCAAUGACAGGUUCAAAAGCGUGGAGCAUAGAGUUGUUGUUGGACAAGUUCGAUCCCGGGCAUCAGUUGCAUGUCUUUUCUAUCCAAGUACUGCAAAUUAUAAUUCCAAACUAUACGGGGCAAUCAAGGAGCUUCUAUCUGACAACAACCCACCAGCAUACAGGGAAAUCAAUAUGAAAGAAUAUAUGGCUUACGUCGGGUCCAGAGCUUUAGAUGGCAGCUCAAACCUUUCUCAUUUUAGAUUGGCAUGA